AAAAGGAAACGGAGCCGGGCCGAGCAGCUUCCAGGGCGAGGACGAGCAGGGACCAUCUGCAGGGCUGACUGGUUGCUAGAGAAUUGCAGAAGUUUAUUGCCAUGGCAGGAAACAGAGGCACCGUCAAAGGGACCUUCAACUUCAACCCUGAGGCUGAUGCCCAGAAUCUCCGUAAAGCUAUGAAAGGCUUGGGUACUGAUGAAGACGCCAUCAUUGACAUUUUGGUCAACAGGAGCUUGUCCCAACGGCAGGAGAUCAAGAUCGCCUACAAAUCCAGUAUUGGUCGGGAUUUGAUUGAUGACCUGAAAUCUGAGUUGAGUAAGAAUUUUGAGAAAGUUAUUGUUGGAUUGAUGACCCCCAUCACCCUGUAUGAUGUAGAGGAGCUGAAAAGAGCAGUAAAGGGAGCUGGGACCGAUGAGGGCUGCCUGAUAGAAAUCCUGGCGUCUCGUACCAAUGAGGAAAUCCGGAGGAUUAAUGACACCUACCACCGUCAGUAUGGAACCACCCUUGAGAAAGACAUCGUUUCAGAUACUGCCUCCAAGUUCCGGAGAGUCCUGGUAUCCCUGUCGACUGGCAACAGGGAUGAAAGUAAGCAUGUCGACCAGGGGCUGGCCCAGGAGGAUGCCAAGUGCCUGUAUGAAGCAGGAGAGAAGAAAUGGGGCACCAGUGAGGGCCAGUUCAUUACCAUCUUGUGCUCCAGAAGCAGGAGCCAUCUGUUAAGAGUAUUUGAUGAAUACAAGAUCAUUGCUAACAAAGAUAUUACAGAGAGUAUUAAAUCUGAGAUGUCAGGAGACCUUGAAGAUGCCAUGCUGGCAAUAGUAAAAUGCAUGAGAAAUAGACCUGCCUACUUUGCUGAACGGCUGUACAAGUCUAUGAAGGGUUUGGGGACCGAUGAUGACACCCUGAUUCGCCUGAUGGUCUCUCGCUGUGAGAUCGAUAUGAUUGACAUUAAGGCAGAGUUCAAGCGCACGUAUGGAAAAUCCCUCUACUCUUUCAUUAAGGGAGACACCUCAGGGGACUACAGGAAAGUUCUGCUCCUUCUGUGCGGCGGAGAAGACUAAGAGCUUCCAGAUUUCUUCCCCAUCUUGACAUUGAAGCCAUGUGCCUGGCUGUCCCCAUAGGACAAAGGUGGGG